GCUUUAGCGCUCACUCUCUGAGUCUCUCUCUUUCUCACCUCUUUGGUUCUUUGAAUCUUCCUUCUCUCACCGCGUUCAAGUAUUGAAAGAAACCAACCCUCAUAUCUCUCUCUCUCUCUCUCUGACACUCUGAGUCGCAGCAGAUCGAACCAAUCGAAUCUUGAAGAAAAGCUUCCAGAAAUGGCUACGAUCUCCGUCCAAGGUCUCAUCAAGGAGAGAAAAUACCCCUUCAUCUUCGCUCUCUUUCUCCUCGUCAUCUUUGGCACCUUCCGUCUCUUCUCCAAUAACAAUACUCAAUCCCCCGCCAAUUUCACCACCGAUCUCGUCCACUCGCCAUCUCCGCCGGCUGCGAGCCCUCCAGUUCCGAUCUCGAAACCUAGCUCCGCCACAUCCCCCGAGCAGGAUCGCGUUUCGUCAAACGAUGAUGUUACCGUCACGCCGGUUGAUUUGCAAGUGAGUUGGAGGCUUUGUCAGGGCGGAGUGGCGGUGGAUUAUAUUCCCUGUCUCGAUAAUUCCAGGGCAAUAAAGGAUUUGAAAUCGCGUAGGCACAUGGAGCACAGGGAACGGCAUUGCCCUGAGCCGAGUCCCCGGUGUUUGAUUCCCCUUCCGCAGGGGUACAAGGUUCCGGUUCCGUGGCCGAAGAGCAGGGACAUGAUAUGGUAUGAUAAUGUGCCUCACCCUAAGCUUGUUGAAUACAAGAAGGACCAAAAUUGGGUGCGCAGAUCUGGUGACUAUCUUAUUUUCCCUGGUGGUGGUACUCAAUUUAAGGAUGGAGUUACUCACUACAUUGAGUUCAUAAAAAAGACUUUACCGAUAAUUGAAUGGCGCAAACGAACACGGGUUAUUUUAGAUGUUGGUUGCGGUGUUGCUAGCUUUGGUGGCUAUUUGAUGGACAAAGAUGUCAUCACGAUGUCAUUUGCACCAAAAGAUGAGCAUGAGGCUCAGAUACAAUUUGCUCUUGAGCGUGGAAUUCCAGCUACUCUCUCUGUCAUUGGAACUCAGAGGCUGCCUUUUCCUGAUAAUGCGUACGAUUUGAUUCAUUGUGCGCGGUGCAGAGUUCAUUGGGAUGCAGAUGGUGGAAAACCAUUGAUUGAACUCAAUAGGAUUCUUAGGCCUGGAGGGGUUUUCGUUUGGUCUGCUACACCAGUUUACCGUGAUGAUGAAAGAGAUCAGAAUGUCUGGAACUCUAUGGUGUCUCUGACUCAAUCAAUAUGCUGGAAGGUAGCGGCAAAAACUGUCGAAUCAUCUGGUAUUGGGUUGGUUAUAUAUCAAAAGCCUGUUUCAUCCUCCUGCUAUGAGAACCGCAAGGACAAUAAGCCACCCAUAUGUGAUCCAAGUACUAGACAGAAUAUUUCAUGGUACGUGCCUCUCGACAGUUGUCUGGCCUCACUGCCGGCAGGGAGCACGGAUAACAGCUAUGGCUGGCCCUCCUCUUGGCCCAAAAGGCUUACCAGUAUGCCACCAAGCCUAUCAUCAAUUGAACGUGAAGCUCAAGAGAACUUUAAUGAGGAUACCAAACGUUGGUCUGCUCUCGUCUCAGAUGUUUAUCUAGAGGGCCUUGCCAUAAACUGGUCAAGUGUAAGGAAUGUAAUGGAUAUGAAUGCUGGCUAUGGAGGGUUUGCUGCAGCACUUAUUAAUCUGCCUUUAUGGGUGAUGAAUGUAAUCCCUGUGAAUGGGCCAGAUACAUUAUCUGUGAUCUUUGAUAGAGGGCUGAUUGGAAUCUAUCAUGAUUGGUGCGAGUCAUUCAAUACCUACCCUCGAACUUAUGAUCUUCUGCAUUCCAGUUUCCUCUUCAAAAACCUGUCUCAAAGAUGUGACAUAAUAGAAGUGGCUGUUGAGAUGGAUCGGAUAUUGAGACCUGGUGGAAUUCUACUGGUUCAAGACACCGUUGAGAUGAUUAACAAUCUGAGUCCAAUUUUGCGUUCACUUCACUGGUCAAUAAACAUGUAUCAGGCUCAUAUCCUUGUUGGUAAGAAGGGUUUUUGGCGUCCAGAUGGCAAAACUAGCCUAUGAGGGAGGCCUCAUUCUCCAUCGAUCAAGUCAUAGAAAAGAAAAUUGCAUAUUUCCUUUUUCUCC